AUGUAUGCCGGCUUCCGCCGACAGGCAUCACCAACUAACACGACAUACGGCCAUUCCUGGGGUAACUCACCGAGGAUAGAGAUCAGUAAACUGCAGCAUCAGUCACCGGCAAGCGCUGUUCAACGUACCACAUCCACUCCCAUUUCCGGCUCACCUACACCAACACUAUUUCCCACAGGACACAGACGUAACGAUGAAGGCUCUGAGCCCACGCUGGUAGGACGGAUGACAGUGGUCACAGCUAAUCGUAAGGACAGGCCGGAUGAUGUUGUGCCUACUCAGUUGGAGACUAGUAAGGAAUUGUGGGCUACGGUGGCUCGAGGGGCCAGUGUUAACGUCAUUCCCUCUGCGGUACCUCAGCGACUGAGGACCAAAAGUAUGCCAGAGACAAAAAGCGAAAAGGGUUUCGGGCAGUUUGCCCGAGUGCACACUAGACUCUAG